GAGUGGGAGAGGAAGCAGCUGGUGAUGCUGGAAUAAAUAUGGCCGUCCCGGUACCCCUCGGCUGCACGGGCUCCUUCUGCCCGCGGCUGCUACCACUGCUGGCAUUGUUGGAGCUGCUCGUCGACCCCAGCUUGGGUCGCGUCCAUCACCUGGCGCUCAAAGAUGACGUGCGGCACAAAGUCCAUCUCAACACCUUCGGCUUCUUCAAGGACGGGUACAUGGUGGUCAACAUCAGCAGCCUCUCUGUGAACGAGCCUGAGGGAGUCAAGGACAAGGACACUGAGAUCGGCUUCAGUCUCGAUCGGACCAAGAAUGAUGGCUUUUCUUCUUACCUGGAUGAAGAUGUGAAUUACUGUAUUUUAAAAAAAAAGUCCAUGUCUUCUGUCACUCUGCUCAUCUUAGACAUCUCCGGAAGUGGAGUCAAGGUCAGAUCCCCACCAGAAGCUGGCAAGCAGUUACCAGAGAUUGUCUUCAGCAAGGAUGAGAAACUCCCGAGUCGGAGCCAGGAGCCUGCUGUCAGCUCCAACCCCAAAGACAGCAAGGUGCAGAGAACCCCUGAUGGUUCCAAGGCUCGACGAAGUACAGUGGAUUCAAAGACUAUAGCAGAGAAAUUCUUCUCAAUUCAUAAGAAUGAUGGGGCAGUUUCAUUUCAGUUCUUCUUUAACAUCAGCACCAGUGACCAGGAAGGCCUCUACAGCCUUUACUUCCACAAGUGCCCAAGCAGCAAGCUGAGGUCUGGUGAACAGGUCUCAUUCAGCCUAAAUAUUGAUAUCACCGAGAAGAAUCCUGAUAGCUACCUGUCUGCAGGGGAAAUCCCUCUCCCCAAGUUAUACGUUUCCAUGGCCUUGUUGUUCUUCCUGUCUGGGACCGUCUGGAUUCACAUCCUUCGUAAACGAAGGAAUGAUGUAUUUAAAAUUCACUGGUUGAUGGCGGCCCUUCCUUUCACCAAGUCUCUCUCCUUGGUGUUCCAUGCAAUCGACUACCACUACAUCUCCUCGCAGGGCUUUCCGAUUGAAGGCUGGGCUGUUGUGUACUACAUAACUCACCUGCUGAAGGGUGCACUGCUGUUCAUCACCAUCGCCCUCAUCGGCACUGGCUGGGCCUUCAUCAAGCACAUCCUGUCUGAUAAGGACAAGAAGAUCUUCAUGAUUGUCAUUCCGCUCCAGGUACUGGCGAAUGUGGCCUACAUCAUCAUAGAGUCUACUGAGGAGGGCACAACUGAGUAUGGCUUGUGGAAGGACUCUCUGUUCCUGGUGGAUUUGCUGUGCUGCGGCGCCAUCCUCUUCCCAGUGGUGUGGUCAAUCAGGCAUUUACAAGAAGCCUCGGCCACAGAUGGAAAAGCUGCCAUUAACCUAGCAAAGCUGAAGCUUUUCAGACAUUACUACGUCCUGAUCGUGUGCUACAUCUACUUCACCAGGAUCAUCGCCUUUCUUCUCAAGUUCGCUGUUCCCUUCCAGUGGAAGUGGCUCUACCAGUUGCUGGAUGAAACAGCCACACUGGUGUUCUUUGUCCUGACGGGGUAUAAAUUCCGCCCAGCUUCAGAUAACCCCUACCUGCAGCUCUCUCAGGAAGACGAUGACCUGGAGAUGGAGUCUGUAGUGACGACGUCAGGAGUAAUGGAGAACAUGAAGAAGGUGAAGAAAGUGAGCAAUGGUGCUGUGGAGCCCCAGGGCAGCUGGGAAGGCACCGCGUGACAGCUCAGCUGAGGACCGCAGGCCGUCAAUGAACCUAGCUUAUCCAUAGCCCUAUCAGUGAGCACGCCUGUUCUGACAGACGAUGGCAUCUCCCAACAGCGACACCCCGGCGCUCAGCACCAUGGCUGAGCCGAGUGCUAUGGACACACACUUUUGUACUCUUAGGGAUCUGGAUUGAGGUGGGCUGCAGGCAGUGAGGACUGCCCUCAGUGAGGGCGGAGGCUUAGAGGAGGAGUAAAGACUGUCUGUCUGAUUUACCUUGCUAAUUGGGAGCCUGGGUCUGUGCAGGGGAGCCCCCAGUGGCUGCUACUCAGAAAGGCUGUGGGUGUGGCGUGGGUCUGCCACCCGCUGGUCACAGUUCUGUGGAGGCUGGGAGGAUGUGACUCACUGCUUGGCCUAGCAUUUACGAGGCUUUGGGUUCAAUUCCUAGUGCCAGGGUGGGGGGGAAAGAAGUUACUUUGGGACUAGUCAGGUAUCUACCAAGGGCACAGAGAAGAGAAAGAGAUUGUCAGCCUUUGGGAACAAGAACAACAGAAAUGAUUGAAAUUCUUUUAAAUAGCCAAUAAACCCCUAGGUGGCAGAAGACACCUGUCCAGGGUCACUGGCCCCCAGGCACCACUCUAAAUGUCCCUGCCCCUGAUGUGACCUACAACAGUGGUGCUAGAGGCCAGAGGGAGGGAGGGAGGGGGCCUGUUACAUGGCUGGCUGCAGGGGAGAAGAGCCUUGGCUCUCCAGAAGUGUUCUCCAGUUGGCUCUCAGGACUCCAUCCCCUGGCUGCCUGCCCAGAGCAGCCGCCUGGCUUCCUCUCCUUCCACCUGUGUCUUCUGAUCCGAGAAAACAGUUUUCCUGAAGGAGCAGCCGAGGACAGAAAGGGUAGUCUCUAAACAAACACUUAGGUAAGCAUCUUCCACAGCUCGCAUAGGCCAGGCAGGACCUCUGAGCCUCAGCUACAUAGUCCAAGCAUGCGUGAAGGAAGUGUUUGAGCCACUCAUGCUCAGAGACCUGAGACAUCCGGGUCUGCUCAGAGCUUGGACAGGGACACCAGCGGCACCCGCGGAAGGCCUGUGAGGGGCCACAGGAGACCAGCUCAGCACCUCAGAGCUGCUGCCUGCCCAGGACUGGCAGGCGAGUUGCACCUUCAAGGAACAGGCACUUCCGGGAGGGGGGGUGAGUUACUCCACCUCCCAGUGCAGAAGACAAAGGUCUCGUCUCCACACCACACCCCACGUCCCUGUCCUGUGCCACCAGUGAGAAGCUGCUGUCUGCUGUCCUAGCAGGUCCGUCACUACCACAGGUGUUCCAUCUUGAGAAAGGUAGACAGGCCUGAAGGAUCCACUUAAAGGACCUUUUUCUCCUGUUUUGUUUGCUUUGUUUAUACUUGUUUAAGUAUGUGGUGGGAAGGGAGUGUCGAGGAGACAAGGUGUUAAUGCUUUGUCUUCUGCACAUAAGCACUCCUCCAGCACUGCAGAAGUGUGUCCCUGUGGUGACUCUAAGCCACAGCUGUCCCUCAGAGGGCGCGAUCUUUAUGGAAGGAGCCUCCUUUCACUUGCUGGGUUUUAAUAAGGCCACUCUGACAGAGAGCAGAGGGAGCUGUGUACAACCCAGCCACAGAGCUCUCUGGGUUCACAGCUGAGUGGCUAUGGGAGACAGCCCGCUCCUUCCAGAGCAUGGGUGCACAGGCAGGGAGGUGAGCUACAGCAGCGGCCCUCCCAAGUCCUGCCCUGUGACUGCUGUAGGUGGGAAGCCAGGCAUGUUGAGGGUUGCGGUGGGGAGGGGGAAUCAGAAGCCUAACAUGGGGCUGGGAAGACUGGCCUGGUGCCCAGGCUGUGGAAAGGAAAACUCCCAGCCCUCAGCAUGCACUGUAAGGUGUCUUAUCUCAUCCGCAUCGCUUGAGAGCUGGGAGCCCGCAUUCAGCAGUGUCCUUGGGUAGAGGAGUCUGAUUGGCGUCCAGCCGCCCCAGUUCAUGAGCUGCCUCUGCAGCCUUGAGUCUUAGCCUACCCGGCUCCACAACCGUGUUUGAGUGGUGAAGCCCUUGUGUUGGAGGGGCUGAGCAGAAAUGGGGUGUACAUUGCACUGCCACUGUGGUAUUAAUAGCUCUGUGUUGUGUCCCCACCCCCACCCCCCAUCUUCUGCCUGCGUGAGGUAUCCAUACUUGUUUUGAGAGUGCUGUGGACUGGAAGCUGUGGGCUGUGACAUUUAAUAAAGUGUGGAUUUUGUUAGAUAAUUA